AUGCCCAUCUGCUCAGAGACUUCUUCCUCGUGCUGCCAGCAGUCUAGCUGCAAGUCCUCCUGCUGCACCUCCUCCCCCUGCCAGCAGGCCUGCUGUGUGCCCGUGUGCUGUAAAGCCGUCUGCUGCAAGCCUGUCUCCUUCAUGCCCAUCUGCUCAGAGACUUCUUCCUCGUGCUGCCAGCAGUCUAGCUGCAAGUCCUCCUGCUGCACCUCCUUCCCCUGCCAGCAGGCCUGCUCCGUGCCCAUCUGCUGCAAGCCCGUGUGCCAUGUGCCCAUCUGCUCUGGGGUCGCCCCCUGCCCAGCCCCCUCGUGCUGCCAGCCCAGCCCCCGCCCUUCCUCCUGCUGCAGACCCGCCUCCUGCGUGUCUCUCUGCAGCCCCAUGUGCAGGACCACCUGCUGCUUGCCCGUCCCCUCACGCUAUGCCCUCGCCUCAUCCUGCCGGCCCAGCUGCUGCCGCCCAGCCUCCUUUGUGUCCCUGCUCUGCCGCCCCAUGUGCUCCUACCCGGCCUGCUGUGGCCUCUACUCAGACCAAAAGUCCUGCUGCUGA